AUGCGGCACUCACCGGUUCUCUCAGCAGCACUUGCCGCCUUCAUCAGCCUCUCUCCUGCUUUGGCCCACCCCACGCAGUCUGACUGCGACACUCCUGACCCCAGCAAGGUCAUUUUGCGCGAUGUAGCAAUCAUUGGUGCCGGCUCCUCUGGCACCAACGCUGCCAUCGGACUCAAAGAUGCUGGCAAGUCCGUCAUCGUCAUUGAAUCCCAGGAGCAUGCAGGUGGCCACACCAAUACCUAUACCGACAAGGCUACUGGUCAGUCAGUAGACUACGGUGUAGUCGUCUUCCACAACACCACCACUGUAAACAACUACUUUGGCCGCUUCAAGAUCCCAUUGGCCCCGAUAUCACUCACUGGUCCUCAAUCGGUGGACUUCGACUUCUCGACUGGUAAUGCCGUCCAGGCCGCCCAAUAUAGCACUCAGGCCGUCCAGGCCGCCAUCCAGAAGUAUGCUGGGUUCUUGUCCAAGUACCCUAAGCUUGCUGGCGGUAUGUUCCUGCCCAACCCUGUGCCUGAGGAGCUGGUCAUGCCGUUUGGCCGAUUGGUCAAGAAGCUCGGCCUUGAGGCCAUGGUGCCCAUUGUGAGCCAGUACAACGGCGGUUUUGGUGAUGUGAUGAGCGUUCCCGUUGUCGAGAAUGCGCGUGUUAUCGGCCUGGAGCUGCUCCAGGCAAUUGCCAGCAACGGCCUGAUUACGAGCGCGCGCCACAACAACAGUGCACUCUACGCAGCUGCUGAGGCCGAGCUCCGUGCUGCAAAGAGCAUCCUCCUCUCCUCAACCGUGAUCCAGUCUACGCGUUCCAAGAGCGGUGUUGAUCUCGUUGUCAAGACCCCCAGUGGCAUCAAGCACAUCCGCGCCAAGAAGCUCCUCAUUACCAUUCCCCCUCGCCUAUCGAACCUCCAAGCAUUCAACCCCACCAAGGCCGAGACUGCCGUCUUCAGCAAGUGGCUCAACACUGGCUACUGGAACAUGCUUGUUGAAAACACUGGUUUCCCACUGGGUCUGCAAGCAAACAACCGCGGCCAAGGCACUCCAUACAACCUCCCCAAGCUUCCUGGCGCCUACCUCGUUGGCCCCACCGUCAUCCCUGGCGUCUACAGUACCUACUAUGCCACUGACCGCUCCACCAACGAGUACCCCCUGGACACCGAGACGGUCAAGUCGCGCGUCAUCGCCGAGAUCAAGAGGAUCCAAGCCGUCAACCAGAAGGGCAUGAACUUCACCAUUACCGAGCCCAAGAUUCUCAUUGCCAAGUCCCACACUCCCUUCUACUGCCAGGCCACCGCCAGCGACAUCAAAGCUGGCUUCUACAACAGCCUGUAUGCCCUCCAGGGCCAGGAAAGCACUUUCUGGACUGGCGCUGCUUGGAGGGCCCAUGACAGCAGUGCCAUUUGGGACUUCAACAAGAAUGUUGUCCUCCCCAUGAUUCUGAAGAGCCUUUAA